AAACUAGCUUAGCUCCAUUCAUGUAAUAACAGUGCGGACACAUAACCGCGAGCGAUCAUACUCCGUCCAUGUGAGUGUAGGACUAGUAUGUCAACCAAUGGAUCCUGCUACGACCUCAGAGCCUCUUCAGAACGACUGUGAACCUGAGGGAGAUACUGCAACAGGCAAAAGUUGGUCCAGUUCAGUCUGGAGUCGGUGGCCUUCUUGGCGUCCAACUUCCAUGUCUCUUUUGAAGACUGUGGAGUCAAAGAUCCUCGCCUGUAUUCAAAAUGACCUAUGGGCCAGAUUUGUGACCCUACCAAACCAGGACCGAAUAUGGACUCUGACCCUCACCAACAAGAUGGUGCGCAAACCAGCAGAACAAGCACCUAAGACGCCCCUGGUAAUGGUUCACGGCUUUGGUGGAGGGGUAGGCCUGUGGAUCCGGAACCUGGAUGCAUUGAGUCGGUCACGGCCCGUCUACGCCUUCGACCUCCUGGGCUUCGGCAGGAGCUCCAGGCCUCCCUUUCCUUCAGACGCUGCCAAGGCAGAAGAGCAGUUUAUCAGCUCCAUCGAGCAGUGGAGGCAGUCUGUUGGCCUGGAAAACAUGAUUCUCCUGGGGCACAGUCUGGGGGGCUACCUGGCUACCUCCUACGCAAUCCAAUAUCCAUCAAGAGUAUCACACCUGGUUCUGGUCGAUCCGUGGGGCUUCCCUGAGCGACCCAAGCCUCAGCCCCAGCCACAAGAUACUGAAGGCCAGGGUCCAGAGCCGGUGAAGAGGUCCAUUCCCCGCUGGGUGAAAGCCGUUGCAGGAGUCGUCUCACUCUUCAACCCACUGGCUGUCAUCAGGGCAGCAGGCCCGUGGGGUCCUGGCUUGGUGAACAGGUUUCGUCCUGAUUUUAAAAGAAAAUUUGAAGACCUGUUUGAUGAUGACACUAUGACGCAGUAUAUCUACCACUGUAAUGCACAAACGCCAAGUGGAGAGGUGGGUUUCCGAGCCAUGUCCGAGUCCCUGGGGUGGGCGAAAACCCCCAUGCUGCACCGGGUUCAUCUCCUGCCCCCGGCCAUGCCCGUCACCAUGGUGUAUGGAGCCCAGUCCUGGGUGGACAGCUCAUCGGGGGACAGCAUGGUCCAGAUCCGGGGCCAGGCCCACACCAGAGUCGUGCUGAUAAAUGGAGCCUCUCACCACGUGUAUGCUGAUCAACCCGAGGAGUUCAACAGAGUGGUGGAAAAUAUAUGUAAAACUGUCGACUGACCAUCUGUGAGUGUGUAUUCUGCAUAUGAACACCGACCGUGUAGAGACAAUUGACAUUUUAGCACUUCAGCCUUUGCAUGUGAAGCAUGCCAGAGGGUUUUUGUAUCGGGGCAUAUCCAGACAGGAUGAGUUUGAAUGUAAUUCCAUUUUUGUAUUCUGACAAAUUAUGAAGAUCAUUGCUGUCAAACUUCAUUAUAUGUAAGCCAGUGUAUUUAGAUUUAUUUAUAACAUCACCGAACACAAUUGUUAACCUCAUUACAGCACUUAUGAAUUAUGUUAUCCAUCGAAUUUUUUUUUAAUUGAUACAUGCUCAUUUGAUAUUACACUGGCUGUUGAUAAGCGGUGGCCACAUGACGGUUGAUUCACUCUUUAAGUUGUGCCUAACAUUGUUUCUCUGAUCACUGCUUUUUUGCUUAUGUUUGUCCCACUGUAUCACACUGCUGUCUGUAUUUUAUAUGUGAAAGCAAUAAAAAUCAUAUGUGACAUAAAAUGCCCCGUGCAG